CUCCUCACCGCUUCUUCCUGUUGAGGGUUUCAAGGCUUCUCUGCUUUUGAGGGUUCGGUGGGUUGGCUUAAAGCCUUCCGGUUGAAGGAAGUUGAAGCAGAUCAGGGAAACUUUUCGAUCAGUGAAUAUGGCUGAAGAUCAUAAGUCCCAUGACAGUGAGGCUGUUGUCUCGGGGAGGGGCUUGCUUGAUGUGUUCAAAAAGGAGAAGGAGGACGACCACCAAGCUACUGAAUUGGAGGACGUCAAUGUUUUGCAGUUUAAGCAAGAUAAUGUGGAGAAGGAGAAGGAGGACGACCAGUACCAUGGCUUGAAGUUCCAUGGUUCUGAUGAUUCUAGCUCUUCAAGUGGCGAAGAAGAAGGCGACUCCGAAGAGAAGAUCAAAAAGAAGAAAAAAGAGAAGAAGAGCCUGAAAGACAAGAUCAAGGUGAAGAUAUGUGGAGAAGAGGAGAAGCCUAGAGCUGAAGGCGAAGAGCUUCUGCUGGUAAAGGAGGAGAUGCCCGUUGUGGAAGUGGAAGGACACCCCCCUGAGAAGAAGAGCUUCCUGGAGAAGAUCAAGGAGAAAAUGCCUGGUGGCGAUUCCAACCCAGCACCGCCACGGCCAACAACAUCGCCGCUGCUGGCUGAUACAGUGGCACAUCAACCUGAGCCCCAGGGGCGCUACCAUGAAGGUGAAGGUCCAGAAAUUGAGACGAAGGGCAUAGUGGAGAAGAUCAAGGAGAAGCUGCCUGGCUACCAUCCCAAGAGCGCUAGUACUGAAGGAGGGCAAGGUGCCCACCGUGAUUGAGCUAUGCCAAUCCUAGAUCCAGUACUCGGGCCGAGUAGCUAUCCCGAUUUGCUCUACUCCCCAUGAAACGCAGCAUGUGUCCUAAGGCCUCGUCGCCAAAGUGCCCUACUCUUUGUUGUAACCAGUUGUUUUGCUUUUGGUCCCUUGUUGCUUUUUGGCAUGUUUUAGUCUUCUUGGUGAAGAGGAAGUGUGGUUUAGGUUUCAAUAAUGAUGUGCUUGUUCUUGUUGUUGUUGCUA